AUGGCAGAAGCGGUAGCGGCAGCGAAGACCACGAAGGAGUCCCAUAUUCGUGUGGCUGUGACCCAGCACGAAGCUGCUUGGCUCGACCUCGAGGCUGGGGUUCAAAAGACAUGCAAGAUAAUUGAGGAAGCAGCUCAAGCCGGAGCAAAACUAGUUGCUUUUUCAGAGUGCUGGAUCCCCGGGUAUCCAGCCUGGAUUUGGACAAGGAACGUCGACUUCGAACUUGGAGUGAAAUAUGUCAAGAACUCCCUGGUCAUAGAUAGCGCGCAAAUGCGACGGAUAUGUGAAGCUGCUGCAACGAACCAGAUCAACGUGUCUCUAGGUUUCUCUGAGAGGGAAGGCAAUUCUGUAUACAUUGCACAGGCACUGAUCGACGAGAACGGUAAGAUCGUCAUGAGAAGACGCAAGAUGAAGCCUACACACAUGGAAAGGACAAUUUUCGGCGACGCUUCUGGGGACUGUUUAGCUUCUGUUGUGGCUCUUCCUGAUGCUGGCCGAGUAGGAGGUCUAUCAUGCUGGGAGCACAUCCAGCCAUUGCUGAAAUAUUACACGCUCGCACAGAACGAGGAGAUUCAUGUCGCUGCUUGGCCUCCGUUGGAUGAUUUUGUCAAUGGAAGCCCAGGCUUUUGGAGCAUGAGUGUGGAAGGUGGUACUACCACAUUACCAUGCGACAAGGCUAACAAGUUUCCAGGCUGUAGGAAUCUUUCACAGACCUAUGCAGUCGAGGCGCAAGCAUAUGUGCUGCAUUGUACUGGAGUGAUUGGUGAAGCAGGCAUCAAGCUGAUGAGUACCGCGGGAAGUCCACUUAUGGGUCAUCCCAUCCAGGGCAGUUCAGCAGUUAUCGGUCCCGAUGGCCGAGUACUCAGUGAAGCAGGGACAACGAAAGAGAACCUGAUUAUAGCUGACCUCGAUUUGGAGCAAGUGGUGAAGGCCAAGACAUUUGCCGACGCUGGAGGGCAUUACAGCCGGCCAGAUAUGUUGUGGUUAGGUGCAGAUACUAGUGCGAAGCCGGUAGUACGCAUAAGUACGACUGGGCAGACACAGAAGUAA